UGUGACAUCCCUCCACGUGGCCUCAAGAUGGCUGUCACCUUCAUCUGCGACAGCACAGCCAUCCAGGAGCUCUUCAAGCGCAUCUCUGAGCAGUUUACAGCCAUGUUCCGCCGGAAGGCUUUCCUCCACUGGUACACGGGUGAGGGUAUGGACGAGAUGGAGUUCACUGAAGCGGAGAGCAACAUGAACGACCUCGUCUCUGAGUACCAGCAGUACCAGGAUGCCACUGCAGAAGAGGAAGAGGAUUUC